AUGGCCCCCCCUCCCCUCACCCCUGCCGCCCGAAACCCGCCCCUCGCGCAGCGGCCGCGCGUGCCUGUGAACCUCUCGCGCCCGAGUGGCGGCGAGCGUGCGCUCACCUGGGAGGUGCCCCCAGAGCUCGAGCCGGGCUAUGGCAUCCCCCUGGAUGCCCCCGCGGCCGGCGCGACGGCGUCCGCGGCGGCGGCCGGCGGCGGCGCGGCGGCCGGCCUGGCGGGGUCCCUCGCGGGCCUCCACCCGCUGGUGGUGCUGCACCGCCUCGAGUUCGCGGCGGCAGCUGCCCGGCACCUGCGGCGGCUCGCCGAGCAGCUGCUGCGCGCGGAGGAGGUGGCGGGGUGGCGUGCGUGGGCGCCGGUGGUGGAGCGGCUUGCUGUGGAGGCUGCGGGGACGGUGCAGCCCGCGGCGGCGGCUAAGCAUGGGGAGAUGGACCCGCGGUUUUACAUCAAGGUUAAGCGGAUCCCCGACAGCGGCACGCCGGAGAGCAGCUGCGUCGUGCGCGGCGUCGCGGCGCGCAAGAACGUGGCGCACCGGCGCAUGCGCAGUACCAUCGACGACCCCCAGAUCCUGCUGCUGGCCGGUGCCCUGGAGUACCACCGCGUCACCAACAAGCUCUCCAGCUUCGACACGCUGCUCGACCAGGAGCGGGAGCACCUGCGAGUGGCGGUCGCGCGGCUGGCGAGCGCGCAGCCGGACGUUCUGCUGGUGGAGCGCAGCGUGGCGCGCGCCGCACAGGAGGAGCUGCUGUCGCGGGGCAUCAGCCUGGUGCAGCACAUCAAGCCGGAGCUCCUGGAGCGCAUCGCGCGCUGCACCGGCGCCAAGGUGGGGAAUCAGGGUCUCGGGCUCAGGGUCUCGGGCUCAGGGUCUCGGGCUCAGGGUCUAGGGCUCAGGGUCUAG